GUUUUAGUGUCCAAGUUCACCACCUUUAAGUCGCUUUAAGUCGUGUACAUACAACCUUACAUACAAUUCCACCCCGUACAAUACAAUACACAUACAUGUCUACGUAGUGACACCAGCAGUCCAGGGACAUCGCCCUUCUAGCGCGUAUACUCGAAUAGAUUCACUGUUACCUUCGGCUCCUUGCUUGCCCUCUAGAUAUGCGUCAAUUAUAGCUGAAAGGCGCAUAAUACCUGCCCCCAUGCCAUAACCAUAAAGAGCCCCCCGACCGUGCCAGCCUUUACCGACUCCCACGCCGUCUUUUCCCUCCUCGACGAUAAACCUUACCUCCGAGCUGCUAGUAUGGCUUCGUACGGAAAUACCGUGCCAAUGGCCGCUCCCCGUCCCGGCCAACAGGCCGCUUAUGGUGCGCCAAUGCAAAUGCACGGUCAGAUACCCGUGCAAGGACACUCUGCCCCUGCCGGCACCUUCGCCCCGGGUACCAAGAUACAAGUCGGAAAUCACAGGGUAGUAAUACAAAAAUAUUUAUCGGAGGGUGGAUUUGCACACGUCUAUCUCGUGAAGAUGCCACGCCCUGUCGACGGGACUGAUCAGGCGGUGUUGAAAAGAGUCGCCGUGCCGGACAAGGAGACUCUUCGUGGGAUGCGAACAGAGGUCGAGACGAUGAAACGGCUCAAGGGGCACCGAACGAUUGUUACAUAUAUCGACUCGCAUGCGUCCGAGCGGAACGGCGGCGGAUACGAGGUCUUCCUGCUGAUGGAGUAUUGUAACGGAGGAGGCUUGAUCGAUUUCAUGAAUACCCGGUUACAACACCGCCUGACCGAACCCGAGAUUUUAAACAUAUUUUCAGAUGUUGCCGAGGGCGUCGCCUGUAUGCAUUAUCUUAAGCCGCCUUUACUACACCGAGAUUUAAAAGUCGAAAACGUCCUUAUUACCGUCAACGGCUCGAGGAAGAAGUUCAAGCUUUGUGAUUUUGGCUCAGCUGCGCCACCGAGAGCCGCGCCUCAGACUGUCGUAGAAUGUCGCUUGGUGGAUGAAGAUGUUCAAAGGCAUACUACUUUACAAUAUAGGAGUCCGGAGAUGAUCGACGUAUACCGAAAACAACCAAUAGAUGAGAAGUCGGACAUAUGGGCUUUGGGAGUGCUUCUAUACAAGCUAUGCUAUUAUACUACACCGUUUGAAGAGCAAGGGCAGCUGGCUAUAUUAAACGCAAGCUUCAGGUUCCCUAACUAUCCUACUUUCUCGGAUAGACUAAAACAGCUAAUUGCAUCUAUGUUACGGGAGGACUUACGAUCUCGACCAAAUAUUUACCAAGUACUUCGAGAAAGUUGUCGGAUGCAAGGUCGCGAAGUACCUAUACAUGAUAUUUACUCCGGUCAAGCGCAUUCAGAGUCGAGAAGGAGUGAGAAACAGCCAGCUACUGGCAAGGAGAGUAGAGGUUCUACCGGUAUAGGUGCUGUUUAUUCACCACCGCAGCAACCACAGGCUCAGGCGCUCCCCGAAAUCACGCCUAUGAGACGUGGACGGCCACCCGCUACGAGCCAGUCUGCCCCGAAACAAGCACCAAAGCCAAGUCCAUCCCCAGCAAGAGUUACAAACGGCGACCCAUUCGCUGCGUUGGACGCUAAAACAGGGACGGGUUUUGAGGAUGAAUUAUCUUCUAGGUUCCCAACAUUGGACCAAUUCUCUCUACUACAUGACCAAGGCACGAAAUUUGACUUUGACAACCCGACUUCUCCCGCAGAUCCUCAGAUGCAAUUUAGUCAACUCGUCACCGAUCAAUUGGCAGAUGAAGCUUUUAUUAAGCCUCAGGCUACGGUGAGGACGACUCCAACAAAUCAGAGGCAAUCGGCAGAUUUAAGUCGAGUGAAGUCAGUAGCAGCUGUAUCAGACUUAACAAAAACGUCACCUCCGCCCGGGACUGUUAACAAACCUGGUUCUGCACCUCCCAAACAACCUUCGGAGAUGAGCCGUGCGUCGGCAAUUAUCUCCAGCAACCCUGAACUCCAAGCUAUUUCGUCUCCUCCGCCACCAAGUUCACUAGAAACUCCCAAUAGGCCAGCCAUGGUUUCGACAGGGACAAUGACGAGUACACCUCCUGCUGAAAGGCAACCUCGAGAUUACCCCCCAAUUCACCGAUUCCCUCCAGCCGACCAACAUCGUACGUCAAGUUUGCCCAGACAGCAGGAGCCAAUAGGCACCGGUCAGAAGCGACCAGAUUUAACUUAUGCAUUACGGCCUACACCAACUCCUCGUAUGGACUCUAUCCAACCAGCACCAGGACAUGCCCGGCACUCGUCCUCUUCACGUCCAUCUUUGGAAAGUGGCCGACCAAGUGCCGAGCAACUUGAACCAUUAGCCAAGUCGACAUCCAUCGGAGGUCGUCCUAGGCCUGUUAGUACUUAUCUUGAAUCUGAUAUGGAUUAUCUUCGCGAACGAGAAGCUGCCCCAAGACCACUCCGCUCCCCUGGCUACUCACCAAACCUAUUAGCAACUACUACUUCUCCUAGACUAGAGCCCCAGGAUGAUACAGCAAUAGAGUCAAAUGUGGACUUCCUUCGAUCAAUGGAAGAUUCCGAUACGAAGAAAAAGGAUAAAGGUGUCAAGCAACAUACGAAGCGUGCUAGUCUCACCUCGUUAUCAGGCACCAAGAAUAUCCUGGCUGGAAGAUUUGGCGAUGCUUUUAAGCGGUUCGAGGGCAAUCCUUCGGCGCCAGGCGCGCGAACCCCAUCUCCUCUUAAGGAUAUGGAGCGUCAUGAUCUGACCCCAAUUGCGGGGUCGGAAGCCACCGAUGGUCGCAGUGAUGACGGUCAUCUUCUAGGGGAACCCGAGAUGACGCCAGAAAUGCGACGAGAACUCGAGGCGCAAGCCCUUGCCGAAGAGGAAAGACGAGUGGAGGCAGCAGCGGCUGAAUACAAGCAACGGAUGGCGGCGCGAGAAGCUGGUGGCCCGCCGGGCCCACUACCUAAGAGCAUUGGAGGUGUCUCGAGGGCAGUAAGCAUACAGAACCGUGUGCAGAAUUUGCUCGAUGAGUCCCAAAAAUCAUCUCAGCAGGUUCAUCACACAGCGACCGGCUACGGCAAGUUCGCAGACGCGGCUGCCGCCAAAAACCGCACAGAAAAGCAGCUUCCUGAAGUCCCUCGGAAGAACGUCACCGGCACGCGACCAGGAGCCGGCCCACCCCCACUCAAGCCCAUGGCUAGUUCGAUUGACGUAGCCGUCGCGGCCGCUCGGGGACGUCCGCCAGCUGAUCCAAAUUCGCCUAUCAAACCCGCACUCCCGCCUAAGCCAACUCAUUUGAACAAACUCCCGACAGGUAGUAACCGCGCGAGGUCACCGCCCAAGACAGUUCAAGCACAGCGGACACCAGGACCAGCGCGACGUACCUCCACAGAAUACCUAGCUGGCGUAGGCUUACCUGGUAGACCGAUUAUAGACAUGAGCCUCCAGGAGAAAGAGGAUUACGUUCAGAGUUUCGCUAAGAGAUUUCCUAGUCUGAGCUCUAUCGAAAUGGUUGAGCGUGAUCUAGACGCCGAGGCUGACAGUAAAGGAGGGAAGAGGUAGAGAGAAGGAACAGCGGAGAGGAAUUUGGAGAAACCAAGUUAAGCAAACAGAACUAUAUGUGUACUCAUGUAUGUAUGUACGUGCGCCGUCGAGUAGAAACCCUAAACUUAUCGCCGGGGGGAGUGUCGGAGCGGGCAUUAUUAUCAUGUCAUCAUUGGCAAACACCUCAAAUGUAGACGUGGAAAGGCGUUUCGCAAGAAAGGGGAUUCAAGACAAGACAAAGGCAAAGGCAGUUGAAUAGUAUCCUGCGCAUAUAUAUGUACCUAAAACCUAUCAUAUCUACGUAUAGCCACUCGUUUGUCACGGUGGCGCAACGGCGUGGCGAUAUUCUAGAGGUUGAUGUUAUUUAGGGGGUUGAUAUAGUUGAAUUCUAAGCGGGUUCUGGGUA